UAUUUUCUUCUCAUUCUUCGAUCAACAACAACUUGCACUGCGACUUGUGUUUACACUUUUUGGUGCUAUCCGACAUUUGGAAUUUUUGCCAUUUCACGACAGGUAUAACCAUGGAUAACCUCAAACAACAGGUUAUGAUAAACCAGUUUGUCAUGGCGGCUGGUUGUCACGCAGAACAGGCGAAACAGUUAUUGCAAGCAGCGAAAUGGCAAUUCGAGGCGGCUCUUAGUAUGUUUUUUCAAGAUGCUUCAUCGCCAAUUUGUCGGACAUGUAACGGAAACCACGCCAACGGAAAUUACCCUCUGUGCACUCCGGCCAACACUCCUGCCACACCACCAAACUUCCCCGAUGCACUCAAUGCACUGUCCAAGCUAUCCACAUCUGACAAGUUUGGGUCCUCACCAUAUGCCUCAUCACCUCAGCAGCUGUCUCACUCACCCAAGAGCAUGGAGGUGGAAGCACAGCGAUAAGGUCGUGGUCAAUGGGCUGACCAGCGGAGUCAGCUGUGGAUGACUUGUAGUGGGAUUGAGUUGAUGGAGGGCUUGGUUGACAUGCCACACAUACUCCCAUGUUGAUGCUGCGUACAUGCAUGCCGUGUAGUGUGCUCACCCACAAGGUUGCGAUAGGACAAGAGGAACACUGGGGAUAUAAAUACUGCCGUUUCUGUUUUGUACUUUUGGAUGUGAAAAAAACUCUUGGCGAAGAUCAUGUUGAAGAUUUGUUUAACUUUGUUUCUAUAUGCUGACAUCUAUAGUGCUAGUGACAAUUACUUUUGCGUCUGAAUUUUCUGCUUUUUCUCACAUUGUUCUUGUUUUUACGUAUCAUAUGAUGAACAUUCAUGACAUCACCUUUGUCAAACCAGACUGAACAAGAGUUAAUUGUCUCCUUUGUGUUUUCCCCUGUGCACAUAUAUGAGUGGAUGCAUGUGCAUGACAUGUGCACUGUUGUCAACACUGAUGUGGAAAGAGUUAUUGUUUUGUUUGAGUACUUGUGAUGAGUGUGUGAUGGAACAGUACAACUGAGAGUAGUUGAAGCUGAGCAGAACACUGCCUUACCUGGAUCAGUGCUGCCCAAGAUAGUCUGGCUAGUUGGGCAGUCAGUGAUGUGUGUGAAAAGCUGUCAGCAUGUAGAGCUUCGUCUGCCUUGUCCCCCAAACUGGUUGGGGGCGAAGCUCUCGGACUGUUUUCACGCUUCCCACACCACACCAAUGUGGCACAUGAUGCUUAACAGUUUCUUCAGGACAAGCAUGAGGAUACAAUUGUCUUCAGGACAAGCAAGGAAAAACAUAAGGACGUACCUGUCCUUAGGACAAGCAUGCAGACAAGCCAGAGGACACACUUGUCCUUAGGACAAGCAUGCAGACAAGCCAGAGGACACACUUGUCUUCAGGGCGAGCAUGCAGACAACCCUGAUGACAAGAUGUGUUCCGGGCCAGCAUGCAGACAAGCCAGAGGACACACUUGUCCUUAGGACAAGCAUGCAGACAAGCCAGAGGACAAACUUGUCUUCAGGGCAAGCAUGCAGACACCCCUGAUGACAAGAUGUGUUCCGGGCCAGCAUGCAGACAAGCCAGAGGACACACUUGUCUUCAGGGCGAGCAUGCAGACAAGCCUGAUGACAAGAUGUGUUCAGGGCAAGCAUGCAGACAAGCCAGAGGACACACUUGUCUUCAGGGCAAGCAUGAAGACAAGCCUGAUGACAAGAUGUGUUCCGGGCCAGCAUGCAGACAAGCCAGAGGACACACUUGUCUUCAGGGCAAGCAUGAAGACAAGCCUGAUGACAAGAUGUGUUCAGGACAGUCAAGGUAAUGCCAAUCCACUGGCAUACCUGCCAGUCAUCAUGGCAGCCAGCGUUAUAGUGACUUCAUCAGUACAGACAUUUUGACAGAUGCUUUUGUCAGUGACACUUUGUAUAGUUCCCAUAGUGUUUGUGGUUUAUUUGACUUGAACAAUUUACAUUAUGUAUGAACAUUAAUAUUGUGUUUACUUCCUACUACAGUUUCCAUCAAUUUGGUCUUCAUAGCUCAGAAUAUCACUAUUGUCUCACCUUUUGUGUGGAAGCUUCACUCAUUUACAUUGUAUAUUGUCAUUAUCCAUUAAAUGACCUAUCCCAAAUGUUAA